AUGGCUCAAAACAGUCAGAGCAUUUUGAAAUCCAUCAAGAAAAACCAGGAGUCUUUGGUCGACCAAAUCGUGGCCAAGCUAUCAGGUUUACAACAAGCUAGUGCAGUAGGGGGGAAGUCCCUCCGAGGGGGUAACUAUGUCACCAACUCCACAGUGUCACCUUACCCAAUGGAUCCAAUAAAGCCCCCGUAUCCGAGAUGGUAUGACGAAAACGCUCACUGCGAAUAUCAUGGUGGUGUGCAAGGGCAUUCGAUCGAAGGUUGUCUCGCAUUCAAGAGGCUUGUACAGCGAAUGCAGAACAAAAAUUGGAUCACUUUCGACACGCCGAACGUCUCCCAGAAUCCCUUGCCUAAUCACCCGGAGACCGGAAUUAAUGCAAUCACCACCGAAAACGGCAGGAGAAUCAAAACCAAUGUUUCAGAAGUCAAAGCUCCUUUGGCUUGGAGGCUGCCAAUAGAUACCUCUCAUAUGAGAGCUUGUCAGAACGUGUUUCGAGCAUUUGACGGGACCAAGAGAGAGGUAGUUGGCAAGAUUGAGGUGUCGUUGACCAUCGAACCUGCCACCUAUGAUAUCGAGUUUCUGAAGGAAGAACGCUUCCUAGACCCCGGCUUUCCAAGUGUACCAGAAUGGAGAUCAUGCAAACAUUGGGACAAGGUGCCAAAACUGAAAGAGGGUUUGGGAAAUUUCUGCAAGGAAGGAUUGAUCCAGUCAUUCCUAUUUCAAAUCCAGACCGAUUUAGAAGCGGCUUUGGAAGAUUUGAGCAUCAAUGCCGUAACCACUGGAAAUGCUGACAACGAGGAUAGAUUUGGGAUGUGCCCUCUGCCACCUGGAUGCACUUUUAAGAGUGUUCCUCUCAUUAUUACAGCUAUCUAUGCCAGUAAUGAUGGUGUAACUAGAAGACAACUCUGGCAACAACUACGUGACAUGGAAGCAUAUUUCGGUUCUUUACCUUGGAUAUUAGGAGGAGAUUACAACGCUAUCUUGCAUUCGAAGGAAAGUUCAGAUUAUGAGCACACUGGUCCAAUAUUAACUCCAUACAUGAAGGACUUCCAAGAUUUCACUCAUGAUCUUCUUCUCCAAGACCACCAUUUCUUUGGUCCUUCAUUCACAUGGAGCAACAAACAACAACAAUCUUUUCUUGCAAAGAAGCUUGAUAGGGUGCUUAUCAAUUCCACAUGGGUAAAUACUUUUCAUAACUCAUUUGUGGAAUUCCUUGCACUAGGCGUAUCUGAUCAUUGUAUGGCUCUGGUUUGGAUCAACAGGGAGGUUCAAGCAAAUCGACCUAAACCAUUCAAAUUUUUCAACUUCUGGACUCUUCAUCCUAAUUUCUUAAAUGAAGUUCGACAGUCAUGGCAACCACCUAUUCAAGGAAAUCUGAUGAAGGUUCUUUUCCUCAAGCUUAAACGUCUAAAAACAAGCCUCAAGACCCUGAACAAAGAAUAUUACAGUGAUCUUUCUGCUCGAGUACGUCAAAAGCAAAGUGAUCUGGAACAACUGCAACUAUCUACUCUACGAGGACGGGACACUAUUGCAAAAGAGUUGAUGCUACAGAAUGAGCUUUUAUCUCUUGAAGAAGCAGAGCGUAUGUACUUGAAACAAAAGGCCAAAGUGAAAUGGUUAAAAGAAAGGGACAAAUGCACAAAAUUCUUUCAUUCCAUUAUCUCCGGCACAGAAGACUCCGGUGUUAGAAAUUGUGCGCCUAAUCUUUUGAAGGAUCUGCUGCAAUUUAAUUUGCCUUCAGAUGUUUCUUCUAACCUUGUCAAGGAGGUAACAGACGAAGAGAUCCAGAAAGCAAUUUUCAUCCAAGGGAAUGACAAAGCACCCGGUCCUAAUGGAUUCACACCAUAUUUUUUCAAAAAAUCAUGGUCAGUGGUUGGCAAGGACGUUGUAAAUGCUAUUAAAUACUUCUUCCAAGAGACUUUCAUCCUUCCAGCUUUCAAUGCUACAACCAUUGAUUUGAUUCCAAAUGUUCCUAAUCCCAAUAAGGUUAGAGACUUUCGGCCAAUUUCCUGUUGCUCUGUUAUUUACAAGACAAUUACAAAGAUUUUAGUCAAAAGGUUGACUACACUACUUCCAGAAAUAAUCUCCCUCAACCAAUCGACUUUUGUAAAAGGAAGAAAUAUUGUUGACAACACUCUCCUUGCUCAAGAAUUGGUGAGAGAAUAUGGAAGGAAAGUUAUCUCUCCUAGAUGUGCCUUGAAAGUUGACUUACAAAAGGAUUUUGACACCCUACACUGGGUUUUCAUUUCUGCAAUGCUUAAUGCACUACAGCUCCCUAAUACUUUCAUUGGAUGGAUUGAAACCUGCUUUAAAGAAGCAAGAUACUCCAUCUCUUUCGAUGGAAGCUUGAUUGGCUUCUUCAAGGGUGCAAGGGGAAUAAGACAAGGUGACCCUCUAUCUCCUAUCUUAUUCGUUCUUGCAAUGAAUGUGCUCUCUAGAAUUCUAAACAUUGCAGCAACUAAAGGCUUGUUCGCAUACCACCCAAAAUGUAAGAAGAUUGGCCUCACUCACCUCUCUUUUACAGACGACCUACUUAUCUUCUGUAAAAGAAAUAUUGAAUCUGUUUCCGGAGUCAUCAGCGCCCUUGACCAAUUCUACGAAAUGUCUGGUCUUAAACUUAAUGCUACCAAAUGCGAACUUUAUACUGCUGGAAUCUCUUUCAGAAAUCUUGAACAUAUUUUACAUUCCACAGGAUUCAAACAUGACAAUUUGCCAGUAAGAUACCUAGGGGUUCCUUUAGUCACAAGGAAACUCACUGAAAAAGGCUGUGUGGUUCUUCUUGAAAAGAUCAAAUCCAAGCUCCAUCACUGGUCGGGAACACACUUGAGCUACGCUGACAGACUUGAACUUAUCAGAGUUAUUCUCUUCAGUAUUGCAAACUUCUGGUGCAGGCAGUUAAUUCUACCACAAGCCAUUGUUAAUAGGAUUGAACAACUUUGCUCUAGAUUUUUCUGGAAAGGUGCGGAUGAAGCCGCUACUAGAGCCAGAGUCAGUUGGCAGAAAAUCUGCCAAACGAAAUAUGAAAGAGGACUCGGACUAAAAGAUACAAAAACAUGGAACAAAGCAUGUAUGAUACAACUCAUCAGGAACAUCCUUGCGGGAGAGGGAUCUUUUUGGGUAGCUUGGAUCAAAAGCUAUGUUAUUAAAGGUGCAGACAUCCUGUUAGUCGAUGACAUAGCAAACUCCAGCUGGUGUAUCAGGCGCUUACUUAAACUAAGGGCAACUGCAAUCCCUGUUUUAUCUACAGGAGCUACGAAGACAAAAGAUUUCUGGAAAGAAUUACGGGUAAAAGGAGAUAAAGUCUCAUGGCACAAAUUGAUAUGGUUUCCUCUACACGUCCCCAAACACAUCAUUAUAACAUGGAUGACUCUCCUGGAUAGACUCCCAACUAGGGAAAGGCUCCGAAGAAUGGGAAUCGUUACUGAUGUUUCCUGCAUAAUUUGCAAUGAUGCACAAGAGACUAGGGACCACCUAUUCAGUGAAUGUCCUAUGGUAGUUUCCUUAUGGAAGGCCAUUUUGAACCUCUCGGGCUUAAGCAACACUAAUUUACCUUGGAUGAGCAUGAUAGACUGGGCCAAUGGUGCUUGGAAAGACUAUUAA